AUGGCGGAGAGAGGAGUGAGGAGGAAUGGAGAUUCUUCGGGCUGCGUUUCGGUUGCUGGGCAUCCGCUUUCGUAUUACACUUUUCUUUCCCACCGCGUCCGUUUCGCCGGAUACACCGAUCGCAUUCAAUAUGCGAGGGAGUCAUUCUGGCGAUCCCCUUCACAUUAUGUCGCAUUUGCUGCUUUUCCUGUCUGUUUCAUUGGAUGCACUGCUCCAUGUGGUGAUCAAUUUUAUGAAUCAAUUUUUGUUGCUUUGCUCUCAAGAGUGAAAUGUAACUCUGCCCAUUACCCAAGUCAGAUUUCACUGACACCAGAUGAAUGCGGCAAGGCUGCAGGUUAG